AUGAAUAGGCUUGCUAUUAUAAUUACACUAGCCUCUAUUAUUAGUUAUGAACUAUCUACUAAUCUCCUCGGCCUAAGACGUAGAGUGACCAGUGGUCGACAACUCAAUGGCAAAGUAGUGGUGAUCACCGGCGCUAACACUGGUAUUGGCAAAGAAACAGCAUAUCUACUGUCAUUACGAGGCGCUAAGGUUUGGUAA